UUUCACUUAACGGAUCAUGGAAAGUAAGAAUCAAUACGAUACACAAUGUUUAAUUGUGUAUUUGACGUGAUAAAAGAACAACGAACCAAUGCACAUGUAAACAUGUGAUAACGUAUCCCAAAAACAAAAAAUAGCCAGGACACUACAGCGAAGUCGUCUUUUGUGAUGUCGAUUCUAUAUCGUCGCCCCCACUUACAACGACGUCGUAUAGGUUUAAUCAUCAAUCAUGGUUUCAAUAUUUAUAAACAAUCGAACAAAAAAACUUUGUAUACAUACGUUCUAAUUGGUAAACAAAAAAAGAGAGAGGGAAGGAUCCUAACAUUGAGUUACAGAGACACUAGAGCCUUAAAAACAAAAUUGCUUAUGACUUAUGUCAAAUAUAAGACAAAAUCAAAGAAAGUUCCAAAAAACAACACUGACUCGUAUGUCCCCCAUUCUUACUUGUCACCCAUCUCAUCUAAUCAUCUCCUAGGCAGCUUCACGAGCCGUAGUCUAAUCUAAAAUCUUAUCAUUAGACAUUUCUAUAUAUCUUUUAAUUUAUUUAUGUUUUUCACCACUGUACAAAACCAUGAAUUUUACUCCAUAAGUGGAGUAUCAUUUUCAUUUACGUCUCCGUCACUCUUUCUCCCUAUCCACUAAACACAGAUCCCAAAAAAGAAAAAUAUAAGUAAAAAAUGAAAAGAAUCGUCCCUUUGUUUCUACGCGAUUUUCUGUAAAAUUUCCUUCGUUUUCUCGCAGUUUCUUUCUCACCAAACAAUCCCUUAUAUCUCUCUAUCUCUUUCUUUCUCUCACAUUCAAAGCUUCUUCUUCUAAACUCUACCAUUAACAUUACAUUCUCUCAUAUUAUCCGGCAGAGACAGAAGAGAAACGAUGACUAACUUCUCCCGAUCCAAAUCAACCGGAACUAUCGGUUUCCCGGAGUUUAAACCGACUCGACCCGGUCCAGACAUAUACGAGAACAUCCACAACGAUGACGACGAGUACGAGGAAGGACAUAGCACUACGAGCACAGACUACUACGACGCUUCAACGCCGUUGAGCUCACACGCGUCAAGAUCCGGUAACGGGUCCGGGUCGGGUCAGUUAACGAUCGUAGACCUGCUUGCGGCGGUUCUGAGGAAGUCGUUGGUGAUGUCGUGUGCCAUGGAGAGAGGGGACGAUGACGUGGCGGCGUCUAUGGAUAUAGGUUGGCCGACGGAGGUUAAGCACGUGAGUCACGUGACUUUUGACCGGUUUAAUGGUUUUCUUGGUCUUCCGUCUGAGCUCGAACCGGAGGUUCCUCCUCGAGCUCCUAGCGCCAGUGUAAGUGUAUUUGGAGUAUCGGCAAAGUCAAUGCAAUGCUCUUAUGACGACAGAGGAAAUAGUGUCCCAACAAUCCUUCUCAGGAUGCAAAAACGUCUAUACACCGAAGGAGGUCUUAAAGCAGAAGGAAUAUUCCGAAUUAAUCCAGACAACGGCAAAGAAGAGCAUGUCCGACGACAGCUAAACCGCGGUGUGGUACCACGUGGAAUUGACGUUCAUUGCUUGGCAGGAUUAAUAAAGGCAUGGUUUAGGGAGCUACCUACAGGAGUGCUUGACGUGUUGACACCAGAUCAAGUGAUGAGGUGUAACACAGAGGAGGAUUGUAGCCGGCUAGUGAUACUUCUUCCUCCCGUUGAAUCUGCGCUUCUCGACUGGGCCAUUGGUCUAAUGGCGGAUGUGGUGGAGCAUGAACAGUUUAAUAAAAUGAAUGCUCGCAAUGUAGCUAUGGUCUUUGCCCCAAACAUGACUCAAAUGGCAGAUCCUUUAACUGCACUAAUCCACGCGGUGCAAGUGAUGAACUUUCUCAAGACUUUGAUCUUAAUGAACCUCAAAGAGAGGGACAACGCAGACGCGAAAGCAAGGUGGCUCGAGAAACAAACAUCGAAUCCAUCAGAAGAAUGGGAAUCACAACACUCUGAGAUAUUAAGCCCUGAGAAACCCAACAAUAAUAACCCUAAGUUCUUGAGAGUGGCUACUCUGUGUAGGUUAGAGGCUGACAAUGAAGAAAAGUUUUGGAACAAAAAGAAGAGAAACGAUCAUGAAGCUGUUUUAAAUUCUUCAUCGGGUAAUGAAAACAUCGGACCGGUACAAAGGUUAUGUAAGCAUCCACUGUUUCAGUUAAGCAAAUCCACAAAGAAAGCUUUUGUAAGUAAUCGAGAUGAAGGAAGGAAAGGACGAGAAGCUUGGAGUUCACGUCUCUCGUCUUUGCCUUGGUAAAAUUUUCCUACCUCACUUUAUUUUUCAUGUUUUUGAGAGUGUAAAAAAUAUUGUGAAAUAUGAUUAUAGGUGUUAGUUGUUUGAAAUAGGGAUAAAUUUAUAUCCAAUCAAUUCAGAAAUGGAAACAAAUGUAUGCUAGUUCUUGUCUAAGAGAAAACUCAUGUAUACUCUAUUCACAAAAACAGAGCCGUUCUCUAUUCCAACAACAGAGUCGUCUCUGUUCCUA